GUUGUGAAAUGUCUGAAUAUUUAUAUAAAACUACAAGGGUGUAUAAAAAUAUCAAAAUCCACCCCUCCUGAUGUAUUCCCAAUGUCCCAUUUAUACAAUCUCAUUUUCGGCCAGCCGCAAGACCCUACCAUCGAGUCGCUGAAACGCCACGUAGCAAGCCAACAGGGAGCAUACAGUUAUAUUCUGCUCAUUGCUGGCAACCCUGGAGUUGGGAAGAGUUUUAUUGCUAAUAGCCUUGGAGCAAAUUUCAUGUCCGACUUCUCGACAGACGGUGCUGGAAUAACAAGAGUUUUACAAUAUGGUGACGUCUCGAUUGACAAUCAGCCGGUCCUUGUGCUUGAUGUGCCAGGCCUGUUUGAGGGAACUCUGGCUACGACGAGGCGCAAUGCAAAGGAAAUCACCAAAGCAUUACAAAUUGGAAAGAUCACUGAAAUCCCUCUCAAGAUCGGGAUCGUUAUAGAGGACAAAAAUGGAAGAAUUGACGAAAAGGAUAGGCUCUUGAUCGAGAAGAUCCACAAAGCAUUGUCACCCAGCCCCGAGUUCCUUUUGAUUUUCAACCAGGUCAAGCAGCGCAACAAGGAGAAGUAUACACUGUUGUAUAUAGAGAGAGUGGUGAAUAUAUUCGGCGCUAACACUGGUGUUGGUGUCGAUAAGGCUCGUACGAUUGUUAUCGAAGACUACAAUAAUGAUGAGUCAGACAUGGGGUCACUCAUUGUCAUGCUCAGGAGAGUCAAUGCAAUACGAGUGCAAAGUGUCACCGAUAUCACAGUUACCGAGAAUGAAUAUAAGUCCUACUCAAAAGCUUUAAUUGAACACUUUUCCGUGGCUGUGGCAUAUGGUUUGGCUAUGGCCGGAACAAGAGCAGCACCAGCGAAGGCGGCAGCGUCAAUAGUGCUGACAGCUUCUUAUAUGGUCUACAAGUCAAUGAAUCGCUAA